AUGUCGGAGGGGCUUUUGACACAGUGGCGCGACCGUGUUGUUGAGGCCGAGACAGAGGUGAGUGUAGUGCAGGAGGACAUCAAUGCUCUGCUGAAGCAGCGCAAGGAGAUCAAGCUGGACAUUGUGCGGUACGACAAGCUUGUGCAGAAGGAGAAGCAGGAGAUGCUGAGCCGCCUGGAGGAGGUCGAGACGCAGGCGCGGGAGCUUGAGGAGAGUUGCCAGAAGACGCUGCAGCAGAAGACACGCGUAGAGGAGAUGUACGUUCAGACCCUGGACAACUACGAGUCCUUGCACGAGGUCGUCAAGGCCAUUCAAAAGGAUGAGGAGGACCUGCAAAGCCGUGAGGACGUGGAGGCAGUGCUGCAGCGUGAGAGCUUGGCGUGGGCGGAGGAGGAACACGCCCUCCGCACGAAACUCAACACCAUACAGAGCGCAAUGAAGGUGAAGCGUAAGCAGCGACAGGAGGAGAUGUCGACACUUGAGGCGCAGUUGGCGGGGGCAGAGAGGCAGCUGCAGCAGGUGCGGCACGAGCGUCAGGGACAGGCGCAACAACAGGUAUACAGCGCCAAACCCAGCCGUCGUGGAACACCACUCGCAACUACACAACGCCCGUCUACCGCUGUUGGUGCUGCACCCGAGGCGGCCCAGAAGGAGCAGCAGUUCAUCGCUGCAAACGCCUCCACUAGCGUGCCGACGCGCCAGCUGCGGUCAUGUAUGAAGAACAGCAACGCCACAAUGGACAGCUAUCAGCACGGAGAUCAUAAGACACAGCUGAGCAGUAGCGGCAAUGGUCCUGCCGUGCGUUAUCAAUCAGCUCCGGUGUCACGUGCCGCCUCGCAGGCGUUGGUGGCCGGUGAUGACGGUGACGACAGUGUCGUCGCUGGUCUUUCCACGCCACACCGGGCGUAUUCCUACGUGUCCGGCAAGAAGGCCGGUGGAAGGAAGCGCGACGUCCUUGGUGAUGCCACAAACCGGUAG